GUGUGCUGGACUGUGUGUAUAUGAGUUGAUUAACUGUAUAGUUGUCUAUCUGUGUGCUGGACUGUGUGUAUAUGAGUUGAUUAACUGUAUAGUUGUCUAUUUGUGUGCUGGACUGUGUGCAUAUGAGUUGAUUAACUGUAUAGUUGUCUAUUUGUGUGCUGGACUGUGUGCUGGACUGUGUGCAUAUGAGUUGAUUAACUGUAUAGUUGUCUAUUUGUGUGCUGGACUGUGUGUAUAUGAGUUGAUUAACUGUAUAGUUGUCUAUUUGUGUGCUGGACUGUGUGCAUAUGAGUUGAUUAACUGUAUAGUUGUCUAUUUGUGUGCUGGACUGUGUGCAUAUGAGUUGAUUAACUGUAUAGUUGUCUAUUUGUGUGCUGGACUGUGUGCAUAUGAGUUGAUUAACUGUAUAGUUGUCUAUUUGUGUGCUGGACUGUGUUUGUCUAUUUGUAGGUGUGCUGGACUGUGUGUAUAUGAGGGGAGAGGUGGACUGUGUUCCGUUAGAUUAAGUUUACCUCUCUUAAAACUGAGACCAAGGCGAGAUCUUGUACAAACCCUACUGCAUGAAAUGAUCCAUGCCUAUCUGUUUGUUACAGAUAACAAUAAGGAUCAUGAUGGCCAUGGACCAGAGUUUCACAAACACAUGUAUCGCAUCAACAAGGAGGGUGGUGUCAAUAUUACUGUGUAUCAUACAUUUCAUGAUGAAGUGGCAGAGUACAGACAACACUGGUGGAGGUGCAAUGGACCGUGUCAGAGCCGGAAACCGUACUUUGGUUAUGUGAAGCGAGCCAUGAAUCGACCCCCAGGACCUCGUGACCCAUGGUUCAAAGAUCACCAGAACUCCUGUAAUGGAACAUUUAUCAAGGUCAAAGAACCUGAGAAUUAUGGGAAGAAAAAGAAGAAAGAUGAUGGAAAAGCUGGAAAGGGAAUGGAUAAAUCAGCAAUAGAAAAGAAAAGUCCAAACAAAGAUAUAAGAACUUUCUUUGGAAAGGGCCAUGUGUUAUCAAGUAAAUCACCCAAGAAAAACAGUCCAUCAAAACUGCCAAAUAAUUCCUCAGAAUUUUCCAACCAAACUAAUGUUGUGGAAAAGACUGCAACAAAUUCAAAGAAUCUGCCUAAGUUUUAUGACACAGAUUCAGAUGAUGAACUUUUUAUCACUGAUCCACAUAAGAAACUCACGAAGCAGAAAAAUUCUAGUUCUGACUUCAGUUUUGAUAAGAGAGACCUUCCUGAGGCUAUUCUGAGAGACUUGUUAUCAGACUCUGAUGACGAACUCCUGUGUGGUGCUCUAGAAACUCAGGAAAAUGGUACAACAUCAGACGCUUCAUAUCCCGAUUCAAACUCCAUAAAAAAUACAAAUGUGAAUUACAGUUCCAUGGAUUGUGUGAUGGUAGAUAAGGGUCCAGUUUCUCACAAGCCACCACCAUCCAGUGGCUGCCAGAGUUCACCACUCCUGGGACAUGGCAGUCCCACCAAACAGAACAGAAGUUCCAUCAAGUAUGGGGAACUUAUUAUACUAGGAUAUAAUGGUCAUCUUCCGAGCGGUGAUAGAGGAAGGAAGAAGAGCAAAUUUAUUCUCGGCAAGAGGACUUCAGGAAAUGGGGUCAAACCAUACAGAAAACAUGUGGUUAAAAAUGCACAGGCUGCUAAGGCUCUACAGGAUCCCCACUCCCACUCUGUGACCUACACGUUGUCUCGCAACCAAGCAGUGGUGGUAGAGUAUAAACAAGACGAUGACACAGACAUGUUUCAGAUUGGGAGAUCUUCUGAGGUUCCGAUCGAUUUUGUUGUCAUGGAUACUAUCCCAGGUCACUUGCGAAGCAUGAAUGAUGGGAUAACCCAGAGUACAAUAUCACGGUUUGCCUGUAGGAUACUUGUGGAUAGGAAUCCACCAUAUACAGCUAGGAUCUAUGCUGCGGGUUUUGACUCAGGGAGAAAUAUAUUUCUUGGGGAAAAGGCUGUCAAAUGGUAUGUUGGGGAAGAAAUUGAUGGACUGACAACCAAUGGUGUGUUCAUAAUGAAACCUCAGGAGGGAUUUUAUCCCCCUGGAAAACCUGGGGUGUGGAGGGAAGUGUCAGUGGGAGGGGCUAUUUAUCCCCUCCGAGAGUCCAGAUCUGCCCCCCUCAAAACUAACCAGAUAAAGGAUGAGGAUAAUGUAUUACAAGAUGGUACACUAAUAGAUUUGUGUGGUGCUACAUUACUAUGGAGAUCUGCUUUAGGACUUAUUUCUUCCCCGAGUGAACAUGAAUUUGAGGACCUGGUAGAGACAAUUAAUGCUGGCCGUCCCCAGUGUCCCGUUGGCCUAAACACCCUGGUACUGCCUAAGAAAGGCACUCUGGGGCUGGCCGACAGACAGCCCUAUGUGUAUCUACAGUGUGGCCAUGUGCAUGGACAACACCAGUGGGGGCAGAAGGACGAUAAAACUGCCAGGACCUGUCCACUGUGUCUAAAGGAUGGAACUUUUAUCAAACUGAAGAUGGGAUGUGAGUUGAGUUUUUACGCCGAUUCGGAUCCACCCACACAUUGUUUUAAUCCCUGUGGACACAUGGCUUCAGAGAAAACAGUCAGGUACUGGUCUGAACUUCCUGUGCCACAUGGUUGUCAAGGUUUCCAUGCCAUCUGUCCAUUCUGUGCCACACCCCUCAGUCUGGAGGCAGGGUUUAUCAAGCUGAUUUUUCAGGAUAACACAGACUGAAUCUCCUGUGAUAAUUAAGUGAAGUUCAUUGUUUAUUAAGAUGAGGAUUAUGUUACAACUAUACAGAGAAAAGAUUUUGUCUCACUGCAUACGAGAUGAACAUGUAUAUCAGAAAACCUUUGCACCAAAAAUUAAUUGGGUCAUAGUUUCAGAAAAUAUUAAAUGGCUCAUAGUGUCAGAUAAUAUAAAAGAAAAAUUAAGAUUUCAUCAUUUGCUAUGUAUUAGUGGUAGGAAAGCUGGGAAAAUGUGUCUGUUUUUAUUUAGUAUGUAAUGCAGAGAGAAAUCUGCCAAUCUAUCUGAUUGAAGAUUCACAUACUGUCAAGAUUUUUCUCUUUUAGACAAAAUGAUACCAGUAGCUAGAAUAAUAUGGUACAAUAUGAUUAAAAUCUGAUCAUUAACAUGGACUUUUAAAAAAUAGAAA